AAUAAUUGUGAUUAAACAGUACAAUAUAUAUUGUGGACUUCUGUGCAUUACAUAAAAUUUUAUUACAUUUGUAAUCAUGAGCACUCCGGUUAAAAAAGUUCCCAUCCACCUACAGAGUUCCCAGAACAGAUUGCUAAUUAAGAACGGCAGAAUUGUUAAUGAUAACAGCACGCAAGAUACCGAUGUGUUCAUAGAAGAUGGAGUUAUAAAGCAAAUUGGUAAAAAUCUUAUAAUACCCGGUGGAACGAGAGUAAUAGAUGUUCGUGGAAGAUAUGUUAUGCCAGGAGGCAUAGAUCCUCAUACCCAUUUCGAACUGGAAAUGAUGGGUGCAAAGUCUGUUGAUGAUUUCUAUCAAGGGACGAAAGCUGCAGUGGCCGGUGGAACAACCAUGAUAAUUGAUUUUGCGAUUCCAUCAAAGAACGAAUCCCUGUUAGCAGCUUACGAACGCUGGCGUGAGCGUGCUGAUGGCAAAGUUUGCUGCGACUACGGUCUGCACGUGGCCGUUACAUGGUGGUCUGAUAAGGUCCGUGAUGAAAUGGCUGAAUUGACACAAAAACACGGUGUAAAUUCGUUCAAGAUGUUCAUGGCUUACAAAGACGCCUUCAUGCUUAACGACAGCGAACUAUAUUCUACGUUCGAACGGUGCAAAGAGCUCGGAGCUUUGGCUAUGGUUCAUGCCGAAAACGGAUCUGUGGUCGCCGAGAACGCAUCGCGGCUAUUGGCUUCCGGUGUCACGGGACCGGAAGGGCACCAACUCUCGCGGCCCGAGGAAGUCGAGGCGGAAGCGGUCAACAGAGCGUGCGUUAUCGCCCAACAGAAUCGCUGUCCGCUGUACGUAGUGCAUGUGAUGAGCAAGUCUGCAGGCCUGGAGGUGGCCCGUGCCCGUGGUCGUCCAGGAGCUGCUGUUUACGGUGAGACAUUAGCCUGCGCUCUCGCAUGCGACGGGCGAGCAUACCAGGACACGUGUUGGCGGCAUGCAGCCGCGCACGUGCUCAGUCCACCCCUCCGACCGGAUCCAGCAACGCCAGCUUUUCUGAUGUCCCUGCUGGCGCAAGAUGAUUUGCAAGUCACUGGUUCAGACAAUUGCACCUUCAAUGAGUCCCAGAAAGCUCUUGGAGCUAAGGACUUCACCAAAAUUCCAAAUGGUGUGAACGGUGUCGAAGAUAGAAUGUCUGUGAUUUGGGAACGUGGUGUGCACGCUGGUUUGAUGGAUCCACAGAGAUAUGUUGCCGUGACCAGCACUAAUGCAGCUCGUAUUUUCAAUUUAUAUCCACGUAAAGGCUGUAUCGCCGAAGGAUCUGAUGCUGAUAUCCUCAUUCUUAAUCCCACUAAGACGCGUGUUAUUUCAGCCAAGACACAUCAUCAGGCGGUGGAUUAUAAUAUUUUCGAGGGUAUGGAAUGUCACGGUGUUCCAGAAUACGUUAUUGUGAACGGUCGUGUUUGUGUCGACGAAGGCGACCUGAAAGUUGUGGAAGGCCAUGGAACUUUUGUAGAGACACCAUGUCAUGCACCAUUUGUCUAUGAGACACCACAAGGAUCCAUAGCAGCCGUAAAUGAUAUGACACAACAGUUGCAGAUAGAUGUGCCACCGAGCAACGGACACCAUGAACCACUACCACCAGCUGGAGCUCCUGCCUAUGCAAGGUUAGUAGAUUUCGUUUGGUUCAUUAUGCUUUUAUUAAUUAAUUUAUCGAUGAAAUAAAAGGAACU